CGAUCUAGGCUCUAAGAUUCAACAAUGAACCGUGCGAGAGCCGACUUUCAAGGCACUCGACACAGUAGAGGAGGGUUUGGAGAAAAAAGAAAGAGGGGAGGGAGAGGAAGAAAAAAAAAUGAUGCCGUCGGAGGCGAGGGGAGACGCCGACGCUCAAGCCAAGGUGGGUAAAUUAAUGUCUAUUGGCGUACUCCGUAAACAGUCGAGACCAAGAGAGAGAUCGAAAAAGAAAAAAAGAAAAAGAAAAAGAAAAAGAAAAGAAAAGACAGGCGCUUUCCAGGUGGCCAGAGGAUCGCCUGCAGCCCAGGACGGGGCAGCACGUCUAGCGCGCAGCAGCAAUGGCCACAGUGGAUGGUGUAGACUGGAACUUGAAAUUGCUGAGCGGAUGGAAUCCGAUCAGGAUAGAAAGGUCCGAGAAUGGGUAUUGAAAAGAUUAAAACAGUCUAAGAAAGAAUUCCCGAAAAGAAAAAGAAGAACCGGUUCAGGGGAGGGAGGAGAGAAGAAGAGAAAAGAAAAGCGAAGCCGAAAAACGGUGAUGAUGAGGAUCUACUGUGUUUCAGGGGUGAAAUAAUAAUACACGCGCCAAACACGGGAGCCAUGGUUCUGCGGUCGCGACUCAUCCCAGCCGGAGAUCGAUUCCCUCCAUGAGCUGGAGCGUUCCGGGCUUGAAGGCGCACUGGGCCCGGUCCUACUCC